AUGUGGUGCUGGUAAUUACUUGAGAAACUUUACGAACUCUGCACAUACUAUCUUGUCGUUUACCUCUGUCCCUCGAGACAAUAGUAGCUUCUUAGAUUAAACCACACUGACAUCUCUAAAAUUCUCUUGUCAAAUAGCAUGUAGUCUUACUAUCACGUAGCCAACGGAAUCAAUUCCUUUAUGAACUGCUUGAAUAUGGGUUAGUGUUCGUCGAAAAACUUGCACUUAUGA